AUGAAGCUCUCGUCGUUCACCAUCUUGGCUGGCCUCGCGGCCCAAGCCCAGGCCCACUACAUUUUCAACAUACUGAUUGUGAACGGCCAGCGCAUCGGUGGCGAGUACACAUACGUUCGACGCAAUUCUAACAGCUACAAUCCGGCCUUUCCCGACAUCCUUACCUCUGAUGAAUUACGGUGCAACCGCGGCGCCAAGCCUGGCGGCAACGUACAGACAUACGAGGUUAAGGCUGGUGAUAAGAUCGGCUUCAAGGUCUUCAACAACGAGUUUAUUGAACACCCCGGCCCGGGGUUCAUCUACAUGUCCAAAGCCCCUGGCAGUGUCGCUACCUACGAUGGUUCCGGCGAGUGGUUCAAGGUCUACGAGACCGGUCUUUGCCGCGGCGGAGGAAAUGUGGACACGAACUGGUGCUCGUGGCAGAAGGACAGGCUUGAAUUCACUAUCCCGCCCAAGACCCCCCCUGGAGAGUAUCUCGUCCGCAUCGAGCACAUUGGUCUGCACGAGGGUCACGUACGCCGCGCUCAGUUCUACAUUACCUGCGCACAGUUGAGGAUCACCGGGCCCGGUGGUGGCAACCCCUCACCUCUUGUCCGCAUCCCCGGUCUCUACAAUGCCAAUGACCCCGGCAUUGCUUACAACAAGUGGACCAACAACCCCGCCGCUUAUCGCAUGCCUGGUCCCGCUGUCUGGAACGGAAACUGA